AUGUCAAAUCUCUGGACUUUCUUCUUCGUUUUUCUUUUUGUAUUCGUCAACUGUUUUUUUCUUUAUUCUUCUACUUCGUUUUUCCUUUUAAUUCCUUUUUGUUCUCACUCUUUCAUUGCUGUACUUUUUCAUUCUAUUCCAUGUCUCCUUCUUUUAUUUCUCUUCUUCAUUCUCCUUUUUUCUCAUUCUUUUACUUUUUUUUACAUUCCCUUUCAUGUCUCCUUCUUUUACUUAUCUUUUUCAUUACCUUCUGUUCUCAUUCUUUUUUAUUCCUUCUUUUUCAUUCCUUUUCUUCCUUAUUUUAAUUUCCUUUUUUUCUCGGCAUUUUUCACCCUCUACUACUACAACUUCAUUGCCUUUUCAUCGUUUGUUUCUUGUCUUUUCAAUUUUCUUUAUAUUUUGUUUUUGUUGUUGCAAUCUCUUUCUUUCCCUACUUAUAUAUAUUCAUACGCUUUUGUUUUCAUUCAUCAUUACUUCUUCCCUCUCUAUUCACCUUUUCUCUUUCAUUCUUUUCCUUCUUCCUUUUCUUCCCAUUCUCUUUUUCAUUGCAUUCGUUUCGUUGUCUUUCUGCUUUUUUAUUCCUUUUCUUUUCUCAAACGUCUUUCCUUCGUUCUUUUUGCUUCAUUUCCUAAUUUAUUCUUUUUUAAAUUUUCGCCCACAAUUUGUGUAUAUUCCUUCGCUUUUACGUCCUUUUUUCUUUCCUUUCCUUUUUACAUUCUUUUUGUCCUUUUCACAUUUUUUCCAAUGUUUAUUCUCUUGCGCCAUCUUGUUUCUUCAUCUUUCCUUCUUAUUCUAAAUUUUUCUUGCCUUUUUUUUCUCAUUUUCUUCUUUCAGAUGGUUAUUGCAGAUCUCUUAAAAGCAUCAUGCCCGCAUCAGUAG